AUGCCUAUCUAUACUCCUCCACCUCUAGUCAAAAGAGUAGAGUAUACUGAAGUUUCAACAGCAACCUCAGACCUUGGACCAAACAACAAUGGCUACCUCCUCCUCCCCCUCCCAUACAUCAUGAAGCAUCGCUACGAGGACGAGGACGACGAACGGCGAGUUAAAGAAAGCACAAACCUGACGCAGUCGCCGCCGCCGCCUCCGAUGCACCACCACCCGUCGCGCGUCUUUAGCUGCAGGGCGGAGGAGCAGCUGCAGGGCGGAACAGCUGGAUACCACAUCGGAGAUGGCGCCAUCUUCCCACCUCAUCAUCAUCUUCCUCCUCCUCCCGACCUCCCGCUCCGCAGUAGCCCCAACCCGAGCUCCAAGUCGUCGAGCAGCCUCACCGCCGGCCACCUUCCGCCGCUCGCCGCCGCGAAUGGCGUAGUGGCAUCCGCCAUGGGCAUGGCGGCGCCGGGGAUGGCGACGGCGGACCAGUUCUGCCUACCGAGGAUGGCGGCUGCCGCCGCCUCGCAGCUGGAGAACUGGGGCGACUCGGGCGUCGUCGUCGGCAGCCCGUUCACCGACGACACCUCCACCGACCUCGACGACAGCGCCGACAAGCAGCGCCACCACGCUCUAAUGGGCUGCGGCGGCGGUGGCGGUGACGCCGGCGAGCAGCGUGGUGCGGAUUCCUCUGCCGUCUCCAAGGAGAGAACAGGGGAUCAAAAGAUGCAGCGGAGGCUCGCGCAGAAUCGCGAGGCGGCCCGGAAGAGCCGGAUGAGGAAGAAGGCAUACAUUCAGCAGCUGGAGAGCAGCAGGUCCAAGCUGAUGCACCUUGAGCAGGAGCUCCAGAGGGCAAGACAGCAGGGGAUCUUCAUCGCAACCGGAGGCUCCGGCGAUCACAGUCACUCGAUGGGAGGAAACGGUAGCUUGGCGUUCGAUCUGGAGUACGCGCGGUGGCUGGACGAGCACCAGCGGCACAUCAACGACGUGAGGGUGGCGCUGAACGCGCAGAUGAGCGACGACGAGCUGCGCGUGCUCGUCGACGGCGUGAUGGCGCACUACGACCAGGUGUUCCGGCUCAAGAGCUUCGCCACCAAGUCCGACGUGUUCCACGUCCUGUCGGGCAUGUGGAUGAGCCCCGCCGAGCGCUUCUUCAUGUGGCUCGGCGGUUUCCGCUCGUCGGAGCUCCUCAAGGUUCUCGCGAGCCAUCUGGAGCCGCUGACGGACCAGCAGCUGAUGGGCAUCUGCAACCUGCAGCAGUCGUCGCAGCAGGCAGAGGACGCGCUGUCGCAGGGGAUGGAGGCGCUGCAGCAGACGCUGGCGGACACGCUGGCGUCGGCGGCCGCCGCGGUGGGCGGCGCCGACAACGUCACCAACUACAUGGGCCAGAUGGCCAUCGCCAUGGCCAAGCUCACCACGCUCGAGAACUUCCUCCGCCAGGCUGAUCUCCUGAGGCAGCAGACGCUGCAGCAGAUGCACCGGAUCCUGACGACGCGGCAGGCGGCGCGGGCGCUGCUCGUCAUCAGCGACUACUUCUCGCGGCUCCGGGCGCUGAGCUCUCUGUGGCUGGCGCGGCCGAGGGACUAGCGCUAGUGGAGUUUAGAGGAAGGAGACGAACCUGAUGCUGUAUUCUCAAGGAGAUUUUUGAUCGCUGAAAUGCUGAAUGCAGCUGAGAGCCUGAGUGCAUGAGUAGUUUGGGCUCUUGGCUGCCAGGUGCAGCAGCAGCAGCAGCUACCUUGAUUAGUAAUAGUGUAGUAAGAACUAAUCCAUUCUAGUGUACAAUGCCAAAGGAGAAAUUUUACAUCCCUGCUUCUAAUCACUGGUACUACGCAUGUUCCCGUGGAAUUUCACUUGGUCUUGAGCUAAACGAUUUGCUGAUGGAGAAAUUUUA